AUGGCGGUCUCCACAGGCGUUAAAGUUCCUCGUAAUUUUCGCUUGUUGGAAGAAGGACAAAAAGGAGUAGGCGAUGGUACGGUUAGCUGGGGCCUUGAAGAUGAUGAAGAUAUGACACUUACAAGGUGGACAGGCAUGAUUAUUGGGCCACCAAGAGGAGAAAAGACAAAUUAUGAAAACAGAAUAUAUAGCCUGAAAGUAGAAUGUGGACCUAAAUACCCAGAAGCACCUCCAUCAGUUAGAUUUGUAACCAAAAUUAAUAUGAAUGGAAUAAAUAAUUCCAGUGGAAUGGUGGACGCACGGAGCAUACCAGUGUUAGCAAAAUGGCAAAAUUCAUACAGCAUUAAAGUUGUACUUCAAGAGCUAAGACGUCUAAUGAUGUCCAAAGAAAAUAUGAAGCUUCCACAGCCACCAGAAGGACAAACAUACAACAAUUAAUUUUAGUGGAUUUAAAACUUGUCUUAAAUCAACAACCUUCUAUUCAUGUUAAUGUCUUGAUUAAAUAUCACAAUGCAAAAUACCCACACAUUAAGUAAGAUAAUUCCAGCUGGUAAACAUGACCUGGACAUCUGUAAGAGUAUAUUUAAUAUAUGUACACCCAUUAUGUUUUCAGGUAACAGGAGGAAAAUUCAGCACAGUUUUUUUUCUUGUUAAGGCACCGUCAUUUAAGCAUGAACCUGGAGUACUCAGAGUGGAACUCAGGUUUCCAGGUGGAAGAACAGCGAGAAGAGUCAGAUGGCUGUGCAAGCAGAUGUGUUUCUGAAGAGAAAGCUCGAGAAGGAAAACCCGGAACGGCGUGCUCUUGCUUAGUGAAAGAGCUUCCGUUGAAAUUGUCUAAAAUAGCAGGUACAAUGAAUAUU